AUGGGGAGCCCAGAGAUAAUACAACGAUAUUUCGGCAACGAGUCCAAAACCACCCUCGACCCCAACGCAAGUGUUCAGAGUGUUGACGAUGUGAAACAUCCUGCACAAGAGAGUACGCUUCAACUCUUCGAAAAUGAAGAGCCAACAGACGCGCAACAGUGGCAGCCCGGCGUUCGUGACUGGCUUGUCUUUAUUUGCAUCGUCAUCCUAGCGAUGAUGGAUGCGUUCGAUGCCACCGUGUUGAUCCCGAUGCUACCGGACCUAGCAAACACAUUCGAUGAACCAUUUGUCAGCGUCCUCUGGAUAAACACAGCUUAUCUUGUCCUCAAUGCUGCCAGUCAACUUUAUUUCACAAUGAUGAGCGACGUUUUCAGCCAUGGCGCGGUGUGGACUAUCGCCGUCCUACCACAACCAUCGGGAAUUGGCGGGGGCGGUGCCAUGAGCCUUUGCUUCGUGGUGAUGACCGAGUCAACCCCCGAGCACAUACAGUCACGAUAUUCGUGCUACAUUCUCCUCACGAGAAUCAUUGGUAUCAUGGUCGGUCCAGUCGUCGGAGGUCUCUUCAUUGAUUACGCACAUUGGACAUGGGCUUUCUACUUCAACUUUAUAUUCUGCGCGCUCGGCAUGCUUGUGAUACCGUUUGCAGUUGACUUGCGCGUGUCGAAAAGUAUUCCGCUUCGCAAAUUGCGUAUUCUGGAUUGGUCUGGGGCUACAAUGGCCUUUAUGGGGCUGGGAGGUAUUCUCGUCGGUCUCAGCUGGGGAGGUAUCUCUUACCGUUGGAACGAAUGGCAGACCUUGGUGCCCAUUGCUGUUGGGGUGGCGGUUCUUAUCGCUCUACUAUUCUACGAGUCGACUUGGGCCCUGCAUCCACAAUUUGGAUCUCGGGUAUUAGGAAACCCGGGGAUUGCUAUGACAUAUGCGGGGUGCUUCUGUCACGGCUUCGUGAUUUUCUGCCAGCUUCAGUUCUUCACCGUGUUCUUCAUUUCAACCAAGUACCUGUCAACAUCUCUUUCCGGUAUAGCCUUGCUCGCCAUCAGUGGUCUCUCUAUCGCGCCCGCCGCGGUUGUGGGAGUUGUUCUGGCAAGGGAGUCCCAGUGUGCCAAGUGGAUAAUUUCCGGGGUUGGGUUCUUACAAUUCUUGCUUCCGGAUGCUCAAUUCUGUCACGGCCUGCUUCUCUCAAGCUACAAUAUCCAGAUACAGAGCAUUCCAAAGGAGGAGGGAACCGCGCUAUCUACAAUGCCGAUCAUCAUUUCAAACUACAUGCGAACUUGGGGCAUGGCAGUGGCGAUCCCUGUUGGAGGAGUUGUGUUCUUGAGCCUAUUCGGUCGUGAACUUCAUCUGGCGGGCUUAGAUCGCGAGCUGAUUAACACGGCUAAGGGUUAUAUCAUCUUGAUGGACCAAGUUAAGAUGCCUGAUGAAUACCGCGAAGCUAUCAAGGAUGCUGCGGCGUUGGCUUUGCAGGGGACCUGGGAAGUUGCAACAGGUGUUGCUGCAGUUGGUGGUAUAUCGUCUGUCGUUUUAUGGAGGCGGCGCUGCUCUGCUUGA